GUUUUUUUUUAGCUCUCUUUUGCUUCUUUCUGCAUUUUAUAAUUUCUCUGCUUUUUCUCUCGAUUUCUUUGCCAUGGAGUUUUUGAUCAGUUCCUCUUCUUUCGAUUCCAUUCUCUUCGAUUUGGAUGAUACUUUGUACCCUGCCAACACUGGAAUAGCUUCAGCUUGCAAGAAAAACAUUGAAGAUUUUCUUGUUGAGAAAUGUGGAUUUCCAGAGAGCCAAGCCUCGACUCUUAGAGUCGAGCUUUUCAAAACAUACGGCAGCACUCUCGCUGGCUUAAGAAUAUUAGGCUAUGAUAUUGACGCCGAUGAUUAUCACAGUUUCGUACACGGAAGAUUGCCGUACGAGCUAAUCAAACCCGAUCCUCAACUCCGAGCCUUGCUCCGAAGCAUUUCGCAGAGGAAAAUCAUUUUCACGAACUCGGAUCGGAAUCACGCGAUCAAGGCAUUGGAACGGCUGGGAUUAUCCGAGUGCUUUGAUCAGAUCAUAUGCUUCGAGACGAUGAAUCCGAACCUGGCCAAAGCCAGUAAGCCUGACGAAAUCCCUGUCGUUUUGAAGCCUUCCAUGGACGCCUUCAAAAUUGCUUUGGCUGUUGCUCGCGUUGAUCCUCGUCGUACACUGUUUCUUGAUGACAAUGUCAAAAAUAUUGCCGCUGGCAAGGCCGUCGGUCUUUGGACAGCUUUGGUUGGGAAAACCGUGAAAACCAAGGAAGCAGAUUAUGUAUUAGAGACGGUCAACAAUCUGGAACAAGUGAUACCCGAGAUAUGGAUCAGCAAAGCUGACGGUGGAGAUCAAAGGAUCAGCCGCAGCAAGAGCGAGAUUAAUGAUUCCAUUCUUGCAACCACAGCCGUCGGAGCUUGACUGAUGAUCUUAAAUUAGUGUUUGAUCUCAACAUGUACAUGCUACGCCCAUAAUGUUGUCCAUAUUGUAUAAUGUCCGUAUGCGUCAGAUAUUAUGUGUAUGAAAAAGAUGGAUUGUGCAUAUCCCAAAAUGACAAUUGUAUCUAUCUUUGUAAAUCUGGUAUGUACAUCAAUAAUGUCGAAUAAAUUAUGCUAAAUGGUUUACAUAAAUAAUGCACUUUGGGCCA